AUGUGUUGUUACAUCGGAAAAGCAACAAAGAUCUUCAUUUUCCUACUCACACUUCUCCUCGCCGCCGCCCUUGUUUUCGGCUUCGCUUUCCUCGCACGCCGCCAGAGCUCCGACGACGCGCCGCCGGUUUCCAAUCCCCCCUCCAUUUACCCUACAAAUUUCACUACGCCGUCGCUGCCGGAUAAUCAUGCCACUCCUCAUUCAUCAUCACCACCACCGCCGCCCUCGUCUUCUCACGUAGCUUCGACCACGCAGGUAGCGCCGCCGCCGCCUAGGCUUAGGUCGGCGGCUCCUCCGCCGGCGUUAUGUCCGGGAAAUGAAUCGUAG